GAAAAGAUCGAUGUGAAAGGGAUCCAAUAUGGCCGUCUUUGUUUAGUGAAAGAGCGUGAAUCGAGAAAUUAAUCGUAUUUUUUUCGGGAAUAUCAAGAUGGCAGAAGACCCAAUGGGAGGUCCAGUUGGGCCAAUGCCAGGACCACCUCCUCAUCCUGGCAUGCAAGCACCUCAACCAAAUAUGCCUACUCAGCAACAAGGUCCUCCUGGGCCACCACAACAAAUGCCACACGGCCCACCAAAUCCUGGUCCAGCUCCUAGCCCAGGGCCAUAUGGUCCACAAGACAACAUGCAGUUGUUGCAGCGGGCUUUAUCAUCUAUGGAAGAAAAAGGCAUGCAGAAUGAUCCACGAUAUAAUCAUCUUGUUGCCGUGGCAAACAGAGCUAAACAGCAUAUACCACAGCAUCCUAAUAUGGGACCAGGCCCACCUAUGGAAGGUCCUGGACCAGAUCCAUCCCAAGUUGGUUAUGGCGGAAACAUGAAUGGCAACAGACCUCAGCAUGUUCAGGAUCCUCAACAAUCGCCACAUCAUCCACCACCACCACCACAACAACAGCAGCAGCAACAUCCGGGUAUGACCGGACCACCCAAACCAACCCCAUUCAAUCCAGUACAAGUCCAUCAGUUGAAAGCACAAAUUAUGACUUACAAAUUGAUGGCAAGAAAUCAACCAAUUCCUGAAAACUUGCGUCUGGCAGCACAAGGUAGACAUUCACAAAUGCCACCACAGCAGCAGCAGCAGCAACAGCAGCAGCAGCAACAGCAAUACCAAAGACCACCAGGAAUGGCCGGACCAGGUCAGAUGGGUGGUGGACCAGGUCAAAUGGGUGGUGGACAGCCAGGAAAUGGUCCACAAGGCCCUUAUUUUGAGGGAGGUCAACAACAGUGGGGACCACAGAAAAUGGGUGCCAACAGAGCAGGAGCUACACAGGGGCAAAAAAUGUUUAAUUCACCACACAAACAACAACAACAACAUGCACCGAUGCCUGCUCAUCUCCCACCACAACAACCACAUCCGCAACAACAACAGCCGGACACUGAGCAAGAUCACCAACGUCCCACUGCACCCACAAAUCAACAAGUUCCAACAGUUAUGACGCUGCCUCCAAAACAAAACCGCUUCGCACCUGUCGGUAAACCUCAAGGUAUUGAUCCAGUGGAUGUGCUUCAUGAAAGAGAACAUAGAAUGGCACAGAGAAUAGCAUAUCGCGUCCAGGAAUUACAGACGCUGCCUGGUUCUCUCCCAGAAGAUCUCAGAACCAAGGCCAUGAUAGAGCUUAGAGCAUUGAGAUUGUUGAAUUUUCAACGACAGUUACGUCAAGAGGUAGUUACCUGCAUGAGGCGUGAUACAACUUUGGAGACUGCCCUGAACUCAAAGGCGUAUAAACGUAGUAAGCGGCAGACAUUACGUGAAGCUCGAAUCACUGAGAAGCUGGAGAAGCAACAGAAAAUGGAGCAAGAAAGAAGAAGACGACAAAAACAUACGGAGUAUUUGAAUAGUAUUAUGCAACAUGCCAAGGACUUCAAAGAAUACCAUCGUAAUGUACAGCAAAAAACAAAUAAAGUCAGCAAAGCAGUGCAGGCCUACCAUGCCAACACAGAACGGGAACAGAAAAAAGAAAGUGAGAGAAUCGAAAGAGAAAGAAUGCGUCGACUUAUGGCGGAGGAUGAAGAGGGGUACAGGAAGCUGAUUGAUGAAAAGAAAGAUAAGCGAUUGGCUUACUUGCUUACUCAGACUGAUCAAUAUAUCGUCAGUCUAACAAACCUAGUAAAAGAACACCAAGACUCGCUGAAGAAAAAGAAACAGAAAAAAGUGAAAAAGAAGAAGCCAGAGGGGCCAGAUAUGAUUGACGAAAGCAGCCAGUUCAGCGAUAUUCCAGUGAAUGUGAUUGAGACAGCAACAGGACGAUUGCUGCUUGGAGACGAAGCUCCAAGAGCCAACCAAUUAGAAGCCUGGUUAGAAAUGAAUCCUGGUUAUGAAGUUGCACCAAGAGAUGAUGAGGAUGACUUAGAAAGUGGUGAAUCAGGCGAGGAUGAUGAAGGAGGAGAUGGUGAAGAUGAGAAUGAUGAAGAUGAGGACGAAGAUGGAGAAGAACAGAAAUUGCCAGAUGAAGAAAACAGAACUGUUAUAAAAUCUGCCUUGGAAGAUGACGAAUACAAAGUGGUAAAUCCUGAUGUAACAGAGUUUGCCACAUACUAUAAUAUGGCACAUAGAAUCCAAGAAGAAGUAACUAAACAACCAGACAUGUUAGAAAAUGGCACUUUGAAAGCAUAUCAGAUCAAAGGUCUUGAGUGGAUGGUGUCUUUGUACAACAACCAUCUAAAUGGCAUAUUGGCUGAUGAGAUGGGCCUGGGUAAGACUAUACAAACAAUUGCUCUGGUUACAUAUUUAAUGGAGACAAAGAAAAUGACUGGACCGUUUCUUAUUGUUGUGCCACUUUCAACGUUAUCAAACUGGGCCAUGGAGUUUGAUAAAUGGGCUCCCUCUGUGAUUAAGAUUUGCUAUAAAGGUUCUCCUUUAGUACGUCGUUCUCUCAUGUUCCAGCUUCGUGGUGGACGCUUCAACGUACUCUUGACGACAUAUGAAUAUGUUAUGAAAGAUAAAGCCACACUAGCAAAGAUUCGUUGGAAGUACAUGAUAGUGGAUGAAGGUCACAGGAUGAAAAACCAUCAUUGUAAGCUAACACAGGUGUUAAACACUCAUUACAUGGCUCCUCAUAGAAUUCUGCUAACUGGCACACCUUUACAAAAUAAACUUCCUGAGUUGUGGGCAUUGUUGAACUUCCUCCUGCCAACAAUCUUCAAGUCUUGUAACACAUUUGAGCAGUGGUUCAAUGCUCCGUUUGCCACAACUGGUGAGAAGGUGGAGUUAAAUGGUGAGGAGACUAUUUUGAUUAUUCGACGUUUACACAAAGUCUUGAGGCCAUUCUUAUUGAGGAGGCUUAAAAAAGAAGUGGAAUCACAGCUGCCAGAAAAGGUGGAGUAUGUCAUGAAGUGUGACAUGUCAGCAUUACAGCGUGUCUUAUAUCGUCAUAUGCAGCGAAAUGGAGUGCUUCUCACAGAUGGCUCUGAAAAAGACAAAAAGGGUAAAGGUGGCACCAAGACUUUAAUGAACACUAUAAUGCAGUUGAGAAAGCUGUGUAAUCAUCCGUUUAUGUUUCCACAGAUUGAGGAAGCAUUCUGCGAACAUCUCGGUCAAACUGGUGGCAUAGUACAAGGAGCAGAUCUGUAUCGAUCAUCUGGUAAAUUUGAGUUAUUGGAUCGUAUACUACCCAAGUUGAAAGCAUGUAAUCACAAGGCACUGCUCUUCAGUCAGAUGACCACACUCAUGACUAUCUUAGAAGACUAUUUUGCUCACAGAGGAUUCCGUUACUUACGUUUGGAUGGAACUACAAAGUCAGAUGACAGAGCCAAACUAUUAGAAAUGUUCAACGCUCCCGGUUCUCCUUAUAACAUAUUUUUACUGAGUACCAGAGCUGGUGGAUUGGGUCUUAACCUGCAAGCAGCUGACACUGUCAUUAUAUUUGAUAGUGACUGGAAUCCACAUCAGGAUUUACAAGCCCAGGACAGAGCACAUAGAAUUGGUCAGAAGAGCGAAGUACGAGUACUACGUCUCCUCACUGUCAACAGUGUAGAGGAGAAGAUCCUAGCUGCUGCCAGAUAUAAACUGAACGAUGAGAAUGAAGUCCCAGAUGACGAGACAAUCAACCAGAUGAUAGCUCGAACUGAAGAUGAAUUUGAUAUGUUCCUGCGUAUGGAUAUUGAUCGUCGACGUCUGGAAGCACGUGCAGUUAAACGUAAGCCUAGAUUGAUGGAGGAGGAUGAAUUGCCGGGAUGGAUUCUUAAGGAUGACAUUGAGGUGGAAAGACUGGCAUUUGAAGAGGAAGAAGGCAAGAUAUUUGGUCGGGGAUCCAGACAGAGGAAAGAUGUGGAUUAUAGCGAUCAACUUACAGAAAAACAGUGGCUGAAGGCGAUUGAGGAAGGAAACCUUGAUGAGAUUGAAGAGAAAAGACGCUAUAGGAAGUCAAAGAAACAUAAACAUCGGCAUGAUGAUGAUGGGGGGAUGAAGAAAGAGAAAAAGAGGAGAGGACGGCCGCCCAUUGAGAAGUUGUCGCCUAAUCCACCCAAACUUACAAAGCAGAUGAAGAAGCUGGUUGAUGCUGUUAUAAAUUACACUGAUAAUAAUGGUCGGCCACUGUGUGGAGUGUUUAUGCAGUUACCUCCAAGACGUGAAUUGCCGGAUUACUAUGAUAUGAUAAGGAAACCAGUUGAUUUUAAACGUAUCAAGGAGCGUAUAAAGAACCACAAGUAUCGAUGUCUUGAUGAUUUAGAGAGGGAUGUCAUGUUGUUGUGUAAAAAUGCACAGACUUAUAAUGUGGAAAGUUCUCAAAUUUAUGAAGAUUCUAUUGUUAUACAGUCUGUGUUUACUAACGCUCGUGAGAUGUUAGAACAUGGUAGUAUGCCGUCUCCUGAAUCAGCGUCCCGUGACAAUAGUGAUGAUGACGAUGAGGAUGAUGAUGAUGAUGACGAUGAUGGUGAUGGAGAUGAUGAAGAUGGUAUCGGAUCCGAUAGUGAAUCUCGCUGUUCAUCUGUUCGAGUGAAAAUCAAGAUUGGUAAAAGUGACAAAAGCAGCAGGGGCAAAGAAAAAGAGAAGAAAAAGCGUAAACCAGGUCGGCCUCGUAAAGCUGUUGUCAGCGAUGAUGAUGAUAUGAGUGAUACCAACGAUAAUAAUCCGAGUGAACCUGCUGACUCUGAGAAUGAUUCUGAUGAUGCCACACCUGAUUCUUCUAGAGCUUCUUCGCGUGUAGCGUCACCAGCACUCGGACAUAAAAAACGGUGAAUGCUUUAGGAUUUUGGAAAAUUCUUAGCAAGAGUAGAAGCUGAUAACUUCUGAUGUCUGCACCCAAAGUUGUAUCCACACCAAAAGCUUUUUUGUUAUACUUUCUGUAAAUCUGCAAGUUCAUAUUGGGAAGUGAAUUUGAAAAUUCACUGUAUAGCCAGUCAGGGCUUUCACUAAAACUUUUCAAGCAGUCAUUUUCCUCAUAACACGCUUACUAUUUUUCCAAACUCAAAGUUCCUCUUAUCCAAAACUAAGGCAUUAUAUUUUUGCCACAUUUGUACAUCAAACUUUGUCAGAAAAUAUUCUGCAAGCAUCUUUCUCAUGACAUUGUUUUUACAGACCAAAGUGUAGUGUAUGGUGCUGAUGUGAACAGUCGGGUGGCUUACUAAUUAAUAGUAUAGUCUGUAGAUCUCUAUGUGUUUAUUUAUUAUUCUUCACAUGUGAAACAUGCAGCCACAAUCUCCCGUUGUAAAGAAUCUUUUUGUUUGUUUUUAAACUGCCAGUGGUGUUCAUAAUACUGCAAUGUCUCAAAAUAGUAUUAACAUGUGAUUAUUGGCAGCUCAGAAAAAUUACCUACAUUGGUAUUUUGGUCCUAGGAUGACGAGACCUUCAAUAUUAGAUAAAAUGAUCAUGGUAGUAAUGUAUAAACUUUUUUUUAUUGGAAAUCAAUUUAUUUACCCAAAUUUUCAGAUCAAUGAAUGAAAUAAGCCAAUAUUAGAGUUCAUUUCUGCUGGAAUUGUAUUUCUGAAAAUGUGUACUGUUGCUUUUUUCCAUAUUUUGUAAUCAUAGAGCAUUGUCAUGAAAUUAUAGCAUUGAUAUCAGUGUUAAUGAUGACUUUAUAAACUAUUGAUGCAUUUUGAUUUCUAUCUAAGGUA